UUCAUCAGUUCAAUCUCCAAUUAUAUCUCUAAACCCCACAUGUCUUUUCCUUCUACGCAUCCCUAAGCCAAAACCCCGCCUUCAACUCCUCUCACCCACCAAAACCCCAUGUCACCUCCUCCGGCACUGCAGCUGGCCCUGGUGGCUCUACUACACCUAACUCUAACUAACGCUGCCACCUCCUUCCCCGACUUUCAACUCUUGAACGUGGAACAAGUUCUCGUUGGGGUGUUAGCACAGCCUAGUCCUCUCCAAACAUCUGAAUAUAAUCAUCACGAACUUCUCAACGUUACUGAAAGUGAAGAUCAAUGGAAAUGGAAGCUGAAACUCAUCCAUAGGGACUGGCUGUCCACCGAAAACGCCACCGUUUCACGAAACCACAGCCGUCGUUUCCAUGCUCGUAUUCAAAGGGACGUCAAAAGGGUGGCUAGCCUCCUCCUCCGCAUCCCCGGCGGUGUAAUCCACGACGGAGAGGCGGCUCAUGGAGUGAACGAUUUUGGGUCCGAUGUGGUUUCGGGAAUGGACCAAGGAAGCGGAGAGUACUUCGUACGAAUAGGUGUCGGCAGCCCACCGAGAAGUCAAUAUAUGGUUAUAGAUUCGGGCAGUGAUAUUGUUUGGGUCCAAUGUAAACCCUGUAACCAAUGCUAUAAACAAUCCGACCCGGUUUUUGACCCGGCUGAUUCCGCUUCAUACGGUGGCGUCCCUUGUAGCUCUUCCGUUUGUGACCGGAUCGAGAAUUCGGGUUGCCAUGCGGGUCGGUGUCGUUACGAAGUCAUGUACGGUGAUGGGUCUUACACAAAAGGGACCCUGGCUCUUGAAACACUCACUUUCGGUCCAACCGUGGUUCAAGACGUGGCUAUUGGGUGCGGUCAUGUGAACCAGGGCAUGUUCGUGGGUGCAGCCGGGUUAUUGGGUCUAGGAGGUGGAUCCAUGUCACUCGUGGGUCAAUUAGGUGGUCAAACCGGUGGUGCAUUUAGUUACUGUUUAGUAAGUCGGGGCACCAAUUCAUCCGGGUCAUUAGUAUUCGGGCGUGAAGCAAUGCCCGUAGGUGCUGCAUGGGUACCUUUACUACGUAACCCACAAGCACCCACUUUUUACUACAUCGGGCUUUCUGGUUUAGGAAUCGGAGGCAUUCGGGUACCCAUAUCCGAAGACUUUUUUCAACUUACCGAAUUAGGGUACGGUGGAGUCGUUAUGGAUACCGGCACGGCGGUCACAAGGUUCCCGACCAUAGCUUAUAACACUUUCCGUGACGCUUUUAUAGAGCAAACGGCUAACCUCCCUCGAGUUUCCGGAGUAUCCAUAUUCGAUACGUGUUACAACUUAUCGAGUUUUGUCACGGUUCGGAUUCCGACAGUAUCGUUUUAUUUGUCGGCUGGGCCGAUAGUGACCCUACCCGCAAACAAUUUUCUUAUACCCGUUGAUAGUGUGGGGACUUUUUGCUUUGCAUUUGCUUCUUCGGGUUCGGGUCUUUCAAUAAUAGGAAAUAUCCAACAAGAAGGGAUCCAAAUUUCCUUUGAUGGAGCCAAUGGGUAUGUGGGGUUUGGCCCCAAUGUUUGCUGAGCUUGUAUCUUGUGAAUUUUGCUAGGUCAAUUUAUUAAUUUUUUAAUUAUUAAAUUAUUAUUGGAGUGCA